AUUCUAUCGAUAUGUUUAAAAUAUAAAAUUAUGUAGCCCAGUGCAAACAUAUCGAUUGCCGAUCCAAGCGAUAGGGAUGGAAGCUUGUAAGUGUUCUAGGUCGACGUUGCAGAUUUUUGGAAAGAAGCAGAGCACGUAAUGUCUAUUUAUUUGUUAUGUUUGACAACAAAUGGCGGCUUACCGGUGUUUACUCGCAAGAAGGGGGAGUGUGAAAAUUUGCCCUUCUCCACGGUGGCUUCGCUCAACGGCUUUCAUAUGUUCUUCAAGUCGCUGGGAAUUCAACUGGAGGCCACCACGACCAGCAAGCAGCCCGUACAGUAUCAGAGCUCGGCGGACGCAGAGGAGUGGACCUAUAUCUGGCGGGAUCAGAAUGCCAUCACCUUGAUUGUCUGCGCCUGUGGCUUGGGAUCGGUGCAGUUGCUCCAGACGCUUGCGGAUCUUGUUUUUGGGGCAAUUGCCAUGUUCAUCACUCGUACUGCCGAGAUGGCGCACGCCACGCUGCUAGAGCGGCUGAAGAAGGAUGCCAAGAAGUAUGUGCCCAUUGUGGACGCCAUUCUGGAGGCAGCCUGCGCGGGUACACAACUUCUGGGCUACACCGACUGUCUGCUGGCUUCGGAGAAUGGCCAGCUGCUGCAGUGCCUCAAUGAGUUCAGUGGGCAUUGCGGCUCGUUGUUCUGCUGCCUGGUAGUGGGCCAUCGGAUCGCCGUGGCCACUGAGGGGUGGUGGGACCUAGACACUAGGGAUCGGGAGCUCCUGCUAUUCCUGCUCAACUCGUCAAGCACCCUGCAGCACGAUGUGCCCGUCUACUUGCCCGUAAAGAGCCCCAAUAUAGCCUAUCGAUUUGUCAGCAUUCCUGUGGCGCCAAAUACCGCCUUGUGUGUGCUGUGCGGAGCCGAGAAUGCCUCGUUUCGCGAGUUGCAUGCCCAUGCGAUGAGUGCUUACCGAAAUGAGGGUAAUCUUCUGGCCGCCGCGGAGCGCUGCAUGCCACGCAGUUUGCCAGAGCACCUGGACAUUGAUGGCAAUGUACUGGCCAUCAUCCUGCUAAACCGACAUUCUCGUAAGAGUUUGUUUACCAGGAAUCUCAAUCAGUCUGCGAGUGUCAAACGUAUCAUUGCCGGCGAUCUGCAACGCCUCGACAUACUCAAGAAGUUCUUCGACCAGACCAUGGAUGCAGUGCAUCAAUUCGAGUCGGAGACAUCGUCGGGAAAUAAAACGAUGCUGUUGGAUCAGUACAGUUGCUCGGACUAUCACAAGUGCUACGCCCAUGCGGAUGAUCUGGGCAACGUCCUAUUUCUACUCUUCGUGGCAGCCGUGCCCACACAUGCAAUGAGAUUUUUGGCGCAACGCAUCCAUGGAAACAUAUUGCAGGAGAAGUCUGUUUGCUGGUGAAAGCAUACUUAACA